CCAUCGGCCGUCGCCCACCCCGCCGCGCGGCCCCCGCCGAUCCUACAUUCUCCAGGAAUUUUUUUUUGCCGCGCCUUUUGGAUUCGCGCCUGCGGACGGCGACGAACCGAAGAAUCUCCAUGGAGGAGGAAUCGGCGCGACCGGUUCGGUUGAUGAACUUCGUCUCCGAGGAGCAGUUGGAGGAAUCGAAGAAGUCGAGGGGCGAGAGGGUCGAGGACGGCACCGCCCAGAGAGACAGGCCGCUCUUCGAGAUUUUGAAAGAGAACAAGGACAAGCGUGAUGCAGAAUUCAACGAGCGCUUCAAGCAUAGACCACCCAAAGCUUUGGAUGAAGAUGAAACCGAAUUUCUUGAUAAAGUGGAGAUGUCGAAGAGGGAAUAUGAGAGGCAGAUGGCAGAUGAGGAAGCUCAACAACUACGAAGUUUCCAGGUAUUGAGGAGCCGCUGUGGCAGCACAAUCUAAUGUUGUGCAUGAGCUUAAAGAAGUGCCGACUCUUCCCCGUGGAAGACAAAACGAUUGGAAGGAAGAAUCCACCAGCUCACCCAUUGGGUGUCCUGAUAAAAGUAAAACCGCCGGCAAAGAAAGCAAAGAUUGAUCCUCAGAUUUCUGAAGAAUAUCCGGACACAAGGAAAACCUCCAGUGACAUUGAUGGAAAAACUUCAGACCUUGUAAAAACACACAACAGUGAUGGGACUAAUGAGACCCAGGGCCUCCCUCUAUCUUGUCUUGUUUCAUAUAGUGACGAAAGCGAAGAAGAAACAGACUAACUGGUAGAAACAAAGGAAGUGAAGAAGAGAUUUUAGUCUCUUCUCUUGUAGUUCUAAUAAGCAGUUUUAUCCAACUUGUGUGGACAUUCUUUUGGAUGAUAUUUAUGAUAAGGUCUAUGGCAACAUGUUCAUCUGAUUCCAGCUGAGACUGUAUGACUAUCUCAAUUUUCAAACAUUGUGGAUCGAACGUUGUAACA